AUGUUAUUGAUAUCUGGGAGAAUUUUACCAUCAUCAGAAAUUAAAUAUAAAUUAUCAGAUAUUGAUCAACAUGAUAUUAUCGAAGGAGUACAAAUUGAUAGAUGGUGGUUAAAUAAGUUUUUUUUAAAAGUACAUAAAAUACGUACAUGGGCUAUUGUUCUUGCUAGCCAACAUAAACCUGAUGAUCAACAAAUUUGUUUAACAAGAGAUUUUACUCAAAGAAUUUUACAGGUUAUGUCAAAAUAUGGUGUUCGAUUUAAUUCAUCACCUAUUGAAAAAUAUGAUGCAGCUAUAUUACAAACUAUAUUAGCUCGUAUGAAUGAACUUAAAAUGCUAGGAUGUGAAGUUAUUAUUUAUAUUCUUGAUCAAGUUGAUGAUGAAGUGUAUAAUGCAAUAAAAUAG